AUGGCCUCAGACAGAAGCAGCACCUUUGGGGACCUGCACCCGCUUCUCAAACCAUUGCUCCGGCCGACAGGCACUGUCCAGCUGCAUCGCCGGAGGGCGUGGCUCGCCCUGCUACAGGGCUGGCAGAAUCUGCAUCAACAGCAUGACGCCGCCGAGCUACUUACAUUCAUCGCCGCAAAUGCCAACAUUCCCGGUCUGCUAGGCCGCUGGGAUGCCCGCCUCAAUGAUGGGCCCCACGUCAGAGUGCAUCAGCAGGUGGACUCUGUGCCACUAAUCACUCUCCCAUGUGAGCGGGAAAAAGACCUGCAAACACUGAUUGAGGAUUGGGCGUACGAGCAAGACACCGGUCACAUAACCGGACUUGCAACGUCCCCAGCCAUCCUCAGCGUCCAGCUUAUGCGCUUUGCGGCUGGGAGAGGUGGAGAAAUCCACAAACUGGAGCAUCGAACCGCACUUCCCGCUCGACUUCAGGUCCCGUGCUUUGACGAGGAACUCAGCACUCGGCCGGUGGCCUACGAGCUCAAAUCCGUUGUGUACCACAUCGGUAGCACCCCAGACUCAGGUCAUUACAAGACCAUGGGAAUAUCGGCCCCUGUAGGUGAGCCGACUGACGCAUACGUCGACAGCUUACAAAAAGCACUACACGAGGAAGCCGCACAUCCGGCCCUCUUUGUACAGAACGACGAAUCCUCUGCCGCUCGGGCAAAGCCUGCGGAUGUGAGAGAAGUCAUGAGGAUGUGGUAUAUAGCUUUCUUUAUCAAGCCGCAAUAG